AUUUGCAACAACCCUCAAAAUGUGGCACGAAGCUCGCAAACAGGAAAAGAAGAUCCGCGGCAUGCUGGUCGAUUAUCGGAAGCGGGCCGAACGACGGCAGGACUUCUACGAGCGUAUUAAAGCCGACCCGACACAGUUCCUUCAAGUGCAUGGACGCAAAUGCAAAAUUCACCUGGACGCUAGCGUCGCGACAGCUGCCGAGAAUCCUGCAAUCAUGAUGCCAUGGCAGGGCCAGAAGGACAAUCUGAUCGAUCGGUUUGAUGUGCGUGCGCAUCUAGACUACAUACCGCCGGUGCCACGUACCAACCCGGAUCAGCCCGACCCUCUCGAGGAUGAUUCGGACGAACGGGCGAUGAAUUACGAACGAUACCGGGUGCUGGCCCAGAACGAAUUUCUCGGAAUUGUGGAAGAAAAGUACCUUCAUCAACUGUAUCUGGAGGAACAGUUCGGAGUGAAUGCACAGAUCGAGGCAGAAACGAAGGCUGGGGCUGCUGCAGCAAAAAAGAAAUCUUCAGCCGGAGCCGCCAUCGGUUACACGUACGAAGAAACGGAAACAGUUCCGGGUGGAUCGUCAGGAUCGUCGAGCCUCGUUUCUGGUGGUCUUGGAAGCGGAAGCAGCGUACCGUUCGUACAAUCGAUAACGGCCAUUGAAAAAGCUUCCGAAUCAUCGGCCACGUUAGCUAGUUCGAGUGCACCGCCAGCAACGGCUCGAUUCGACGAGUGCAUGAAGGACGAUUCUGAUUCUGAUCUCGAUAUGGAUGUGUCGAUUGAUAUCAACAAAAUAGGCACUAACCAAGCGCACGAACUAAACGCCUGUGGUCGGCAGUAUGGAAUGAAGAGCAAUGAUUUCUAUUCCUUCCUGACGAAAGACUCCGAUGAAGCGGAAACGUUGCGUUUGGCGCGGGAAGAAGAACAGGAGAAGAUCAUGUUCAGUGGGCGCAAAAGUCGUCGAGAGCGAAGAGCGCAACGCGAACGGAAGGUAGCGGGAAGGCCACUUAGUCCACCGAGCUACGCAGCCAAAGAGGAGCUAGUGCCGCGCACGUUUGUCGAAGCGAACGAUAGCUCGCGGUCACCUUCGCCGGUAAAUUCGGGCAAGAUAACGUACAUUACUUCGUUCGGUGGCGAGGAAGAGUUGCAGCCACACGGGAAAAUUUCAUUUGGAUUUUCGCGUGAAAUGAGCACGCUAGGAGGUAUAGCUGGCACGUCGAAAGCGGCUCGAUUGCGUUCGGGAGCGGCCGGGGCCGGUGCGGAAGCUACCGGUACAUUAAGCUAUGCGGAUAAAGUGAAGCAAAAUUUGGAAAAGCUUAAAACGCAACAACAGAAGGAGAGUGAUCGGAAGCCACCGGUGCAGUAUCAACGUUCGGCGGCUAGUGGAGGACGGGGAAGAAGUAGCAGAAGCAGUAGUAGGAGUAGUAGCCGCAGCCGUGGACGAAGUCGACGUCAUCGGAGAAGCUCUAGUAGUAGCCGAAGUCGAAGUCGAAGUCGCAGCCGGGAUCGUAGUCGGAGCCGGAGUAGACGACGUUUAAGAGGCAACGCAGCGGGCAGAAGUCGAUCACGGUCGAGAAGUGGUGGCGGUCGAGGUACAACUCGAUCAACUUACUCGCGAUAUCGGCGGCGCUCGAAAACAAAAUCACGAUCACGGUCACGAUCAAGGUCUCGGUCGCGUACACGAACUAAAGCUUCUCGCUGGAGUCCGCGACGAAGGUAUCCUGGUGGGCAUUCAUCGUCUCGACGCAAGUCACGUUCUUCUUCUUCCUCUUCAUCAUCUACCUCAUCAUCGCGAUCACGCUCCAGAACUCCAGCUCGUCGUACUCAAGUGUCGCGAACGAAACGAAGAUCCGGUGCAGAAUCGGAUAAUGAUUCGUUGCGUGUCUCCAGAAAACCGCCAAUAAGCCAAACUACAACGAGCACGACGACAACUACGGCAACUACGACAGUAACGCUGGAAAAGCCUUCUCUCGUUGUGCCACACAAUGCCACACUGCUCGUUGUGUUGUCGAGUACUGAGGACGAUUUCGAAGAGAUCGACGAAGAAGAUAUACGAAAGCUUUUAAAUUUAACCUCGAAGGAUAGUGUGAGCAAUGAAGCUUCGGUACCAGAAUGCCAAAAAGUUGAGCAAGUAAAGCAACAUCCCACAAGUGUACGAUGCCAGCGAAGUUUGCUUGAAGUAUCGAGCAUUCCAGCACUUCGCAGUCCUCCCGUAGAAAGCUCGUGCAAGGAAUCUUCUGAAUCUGAGGCCGAGAUAGUAUCCGAUGGACAAUCUGCACGCAAUCGGUUUUUGGAGAAACUACGCAUUUGGAAAUCUGCUGUGGAGGCCCAAUCACAGAACAUGAAAAUGAGCAACGAAUUGACGGAAAAUCUAGAGAUACUUAAGGGGAAUAUAGAAAAAAUUGCUGAGGAAACAUCGAAGGUGAAAAAGAAAUAA